UUUAUUUUAACAGCGCAAUUCUUAUCCUCGAAACAAGUAGGGAAAAUUUUCAAACCCUAAACUUUUCAACUUACACGCAAAUUCAAUUUUAAUGGCGCCCAAGGCAGAGAAGAAGCCGGCUGAGAAGAAGCCAGCAGAGGAGAAGAAGACUUCGGUGGCAGAGAAGGCACCAGCUGAGAAGAAGCCUAAGGCCGGAAAGAAGUUGCCGAAGGAGGCCGCCGCUGGAGACAAGAAGAAGAAGCGCACGAAGAAGAGUACUGAGACAUACAAGAUCUACAUCUUCAAGGUUCUGAAGCAAGUCCACCCUGAUAUCGGUAUCUCGUCAAAAGCUAUGGGAAUCAUGAACAGUUUCAUCAACGAUAUCUUCGAGAAGCUUGCUCAAGAGGCCUCUAGGCUGGCCAGGUACAACAAAAAGCCCACUAUUACUUCUCGGGAGAUUCAAACAGCUGUGAGACUUGUACUUCCUGGUGAGCUGGCUAAGCAUGCCGUUUCUGAGGGCACCAAGGCUGUAACAAAGUUCACUUCAUCUUGAAGGAAUCUGUAUUAGGUAAUUGAUGAUGCGUCUGUGUAGCUAAGUAGGUCAGAAUUUUGAUUUUAGUAGAUUGGUAUGCUGAUAGGUUUUUUGUUAUAUAUUGAUGUAUUUCUGGAGAUUGGUGUGAUUGAACUGGAAGUUCAAUUCUAUUGUGCUGUUAAAUGAAGUUGAAAUACAAUUUAGUAAUUGCUCUUCA